AGUUUAUAACCUAUAUGUUAUAUGUGAAUAAAUAUCAUUAUAAUUCGUGAAAAUUUGUUUAUUAUAAAAUAAUAACCUUAUAUUGACAUAGUGAAUAGAAGAGGUAAUGUACAUAGGAAGUGUUAAUUGAAUUUUAAGGAAAGGAUGUCUUUAUACGACGAUUUUGAUAAGCAUCGUACAACUGAUAAAGUAGCAGGAUGGUCGUCUGGAAUAAAAUUACUCCAGUCUCAACUUCAACUUAAAAAAGCUGCAAUACCACACGGUAAAAGAGAACAAGGAAAAAAAUCUGCAGCUGUAUUGGCACCGGUUAUCGAUUUAAAGUCCAAAGUUCGCGAUAACGAGAAAGAGGACGAUGGGGUUAUAAAAUAUUUUUCAACAAACGCAGCUAAUCCAAUUGGAGUUGGGAUAGAAUAUGAUUGGAAUGUGGUUAAUGAAUAUGAUCCGUCUUGGCCUAACGAGUAUGAUAAAGUAGUCAAAGAAUUAAGAGACAUUCGCGAUCGUGAACAUGACCAAGAAAAUGAGCAACGUAAGCGGAGACGAGAAACCACUCAUUUUGAAGAAAAUCAGAUGUCAAAUAUAGCCGCUAGUAUAAAUUCUAUCGAAAGGGAUGAAGAGCGCAGUACCUUUAGAAAUAAUCCUGGUGGUGCUACUAUCGCUCCUCCACCAUCCUUACAAGAUGUACCUGAAAUUGUACCUCCGAUCUCACGACCAAACCUUAAUCAAGGGUACGCGACGUCAUCGGUUGCAGCAAAAAUAAUGGCCAAGUAUGGAUUUAAAGAAGGACAAGGGCUUGGUAAGAAGGAGCAAGGAAUGUCAGUAGCGCUUCAAGUAGAAAAGACUAGUAAGAGAGGUGGUAGAAUAGUGAGUGAAAAGGAACAACUAAUGCCACCACCUUUGCCAUUGAAUUUAUCGCCCCCAUCGGUCACACAGAUGCAGUCUCCUGUGCAUAAUCAAGAAGAGCCGAGUAUUACUGAAAUAAUGAAGUCGCCGAGCAAAGUUGUCUUGCUGAGAAAUAUGGUCGGACCUGGCGAAGUCGAUGAUGAUUUAGAACCCGAAGUCAAAGAUGAAUGCAAUACAAAAUAUGGUGAUGUAACUCGUGUGGUGAUUCACGAAGUCAUAGAUGCUCAUCCAGAGGAAGCAGUUAGAAUUUUUGUUGAAUUUAAAAGAAUUGAAAGUGCUAUCAAAGCAGUUGUAGAUUUAAAUGGACGAUUUUUUGGUGGUAGACAAGUUAAAGCUGGUUUCUAUUCGAUAGAAAAAUUAAACAAUUUUCAAUUACUAGAUUAAUGUUUAAUAAAAUUUGAAUAUAUUAUAUCCAUUAAGAACAGUUAUACAUUACACGUUACAAGUCAAUCUUGAAAUAGUG